AUGCAGAAAAUUAUUCAUCUUCAUGGAUUUUCGAAAUCAAUUCUCAGCAAUAUAUGUUUCAUAUUUACUAGUUAG